AUGGCCAUGAUCGCAGAUGCCUUCGUCUCCAACUUGUGUAACACGCUAUUAACCUAUGGAAAGGAAGAGGCUGCCAAGAUCUUGGGUGUGCCUGAGGAAAUCAAGAAGUUCCAUAGGAGGCUGAAGAGGAUGCAUGCCGUUCUCGCUGAUGCAGAGAAUAGACGCUUCGACGAUGAGGCCAUCAACCUUUGGCUGAACGAGCUGCGAGAUCUCAUGUACGAUGCAGACGACAUCAUCGAUGAAUGCCGAAUCGAGGGGGAGAAGCUUCUCAACUCAAACUCAUCCUCAUCUCAUGAUGCUGAGUCGGUACGUUGUUGCUACCCUCCCAUUGCUUGCUUGCACAAAGUUGGAUUCCGUCAUGAGAUUGGCAAUAGAAUUAGAGAUCUUAACCUGAGGCUUGAUGAACUUACCAAGGACAAAGCUGACCUCCAUCUUACACCUGCUCCCCAUGAUGACCGUUGUAAGAGUAGAAUAAGCCGCAAGACAUCUCCUGUACUUGUUGAACCUGAUCUUGUGGGAGAGAAAAUUGAGGAUGAUACAAGGAGAUCCAUCAUACAUCAAGUUGGAGGUGAUCCUGGACAGGCCAAGGAGAAGGAAGUGCUUGAACCCAUGCUUAGCGAAUUACUCGGGAACAAAAAAUUCUUUGUAGUCUUGGAUGAUGUUUGGGAUGCACAAGUAUGGGAUAAGCUAUUGAGAAAUCCCUUGCAGAGUGGUUUGGCAGAUAGUAGAAUUUUGAUAACAACUAGAAAUAUAAACAUUGCUCAACAGAUGGGUGCCAUAUACACUCAUAUGGUGGAUAAGUUGUCUCGAGAGGAUGGUUGGUCAUUAAUUUGCAAGAUGGUGUUUGAGGAAGGCGAGGAAGGAGAUAUGCAUGAGUUAAGUGAUAUAGGAAUGAAAAUUGUAGAGAAAUGUGAUGGCCUUCCCCUUGCUCUUAGGACUACUGGGGGACUUCUUCGAACCAAGGUAAAAAGGCCAUUGGAAUGGGAAAAGGUCCUUUCUAGCUCAGCAUGGUCUUUUACUAAGCUUCCGGAUGGGGAGAUGGGUGCUUUGUACUUAAGCUAUCAGCAUUUACAACCUCCUCUCAAGCAGUGCUUCACUUGCCUUUCAUUAUUUCCCGAGGACAUCCUAAUUGUUAAAAAUCGGUUUGUCAGAAGUUGUAUUGCAGAGGGCUUUGUAACAUCCGAAGACAAUACACCCUUGGAAGAUGUGGCGGAAGGAUAUUGGGAGGAGUUGAUGCAAAGGAACCUCCUAUAG